GUGAAGUAAUAGAUUAACCCACUAAGUGCAGUCUCUUUUGCUCUCAGUAUAUAACUUCAUCAUGCAAACAUUGAGUGGACUUAAAAAUGCAUUUAGGAUCUACAAAGGGUGCAGCAGUUUAUCCCUUUACAGGAUGUCCUACAUAACACCUCAUACUCUGGCUGCCAAUGAUAAGAGAACAUGCUAUACAAAGGUACAUGGGGUGCAAAGCAUAGCUCCUUUAGUGCGUUCUGUAGAGGAGACACCUGAACCCAUUCCCACCAUAGUUAAAGGAACAAUCCCAAAAUGGAUCCAUGGAAGUCUGCUUCGGAAUGGCCCGGGAAAGUUUGAAUUUGGGAAUCAGCAUUAUAACCACUGGUUUGACGGAAUGGCGUUACUGCACCGCUUUCAGAUUGAGGGCGGCCAGGUGACUUACAGGAGCCGCUUUCUGCGGAGUGACUCGUACAAGCAGAACAGCGAGAGGAACCGCAUCAUGGUGUCAGAGUUUGGUACCUUGGCCCUGCCUGAUCCCUGCAAAAAUAUUUUUCAGCGUUUUCUGUCCAGAUUUGAAAUGCCAAAAUCAACAGAUAAUGCAAGUGUCAACUUUAUGAAAUAUAAAGGUGAUUAUUACGUUAGCACGGAGACAAACUUCAUGCACAGAGUGGACCCAGAGACUUUGGAGACCAAACAGAAGGUGGACUGGAGCAAGUUCUUGGCAGUAAAUGGUGCUACCGCUCAUCCACACGUUGAUCCAGAUGGAACAGCUUACAACAUGGGUAACUCAUAUGGCAAAAAAGGGACUUUCUACAACAUCAUCAUGGUUCCCCCUAAAACAGAAGGUCCAGAAGAUACUCUAAACGGAGCAAAGAUAUUAUGCUCUAUCGCCCCUCACGACAAAUCUAAACCCUCCUAUUAUCACAGCUUUGGCAUGUCAGAAAACUAUGUAGUGUUCAUCGAGCAGCCCAUUAAGAUGGAUCUGAUUAAGAUACUGACCAGCAAGUUGAAGGGGAAAGCAUUAAGUGAUUGUAUUUACUGGGACCCCAACCAAGAAACCAUAUUCCACCUCAUUGACAAACAAACUGGAAAGGAGAGCCAAGUGAAGUAUCACGCCAAAGCCAUGUCAACCUUUCAUCAGAUCAACGCUUUCGAGCAGGAUGGAUUUCUAAUGUUAGACAUGUGCUGUUCUGAUGAUGGUAAUGCCAUAAACAACUUCCUCAUUCAGAACAUGCGUAAAUCCGGAGAGGCACUGGAUAAAAUGUAUGACAGCAUAGGGCGGCCAUAUCCUCGUCGCUUUGUGCUACCUCUUAAUAUCACCAAGGAAACUCCGCUGGAACAGAACCUCAACACAAGAUGUGACAGCAAGGCUACUGCUGUCUGCCGUACCGAAAAUCAGGUGUUCUGCACAUUUGAGGAUCUCCACGGGGAUGACCUGAAUGAUUACGGUGGCUUGGAGUUUCCUCAUAUUAACUAUGCCAAAUACAACACCAAACCUUACAGAUACUUCUAUGGUUGUGGUUUUCGAAAUCUAGUGGGUGAUUCUCUCAUUAAAAUGGAUUUGGGGAACAAAAAAUUUAAGGUAUGGUGUCAGCCCGAUCUCUACCCCUCAGAGCCUGUUUUUAUUCCUUCACCAAAUGCUGUGGAAGAGGAUGAUGGGAUUAUCUUGUCUGUGGUUAUUACACCAACUAAGAACCAGAGUUCAUUUCUCUUAGUCCUAGAUGCCAAAACCUUUGAAGAGUUGGGAAGAGCUGAAGUGCCUGUCAACAUUCCCUAUGGAUUCCACGGAACCUUUAGUUCAAGUGUAUAAAGCUCAUUUGGGUUACUUCAACAAAAUAACCAUGAACCAAACCGAGCUCAUCACAACAGUUAACACACUGCUUACCAGUCUAUAAUAAUAUUACAGUUUUAACAGAAAACAGAAAAGAUCCACAACUAAUAUCCACAGUAUUAAACCAAUAAAAUUCAAAACUGUUCCUUACGUUAAGAAUUCCCCAAAAACUGGAGAUGUUUUAAAUUUAUUUAAAAACUUAAUUUUAAGUUCAAAGACAGUCACUCACACAGAUAAAUAAAUUACAAAUCUGAAUUUUAUUGUUUUUAUUAUUUCACUUAAAAUUAAAGAUUUCACUGCGAUUUUUAAAAUGUACUCAAUUUUUUUUUAAGUUUUUCAUUUUUAAAUAAAUGUAUUGAAACUUUAUCUUUAGCUUGUGCCAAGCCUGUGACGAAGGUAUAAAUUACAUUUUCCCACUGUAAAAACAAGAGAGCAAAACACUAGAUUUAAAUGUGGAUGUGUGCAUUUUAUAGUAAAAAAUCAGUAAAGUAUUGAAAUAUAUCACAAAUACAUGAUUUUAUAUUGUUAUAUUCUGCCUGUUUACAUUUUCAUUUUAUGCAACAAUUCAACUUUUAUUUUAUUAAAAAUAUGUUGUACUUACUAA